CUCAAUCCCAAACUAACCCUAACCUCCAGAAAACAGAAACACACUCCACCACCUCCUCCACCCUCCUCUUUAACGCCGGUUUCUCAGCCGUUAUCUCUCACCUCCACCUUUAAACCAGCUUAUCUCAUGCUCCUCAAACCUGCUUCACGCCGUCAACGUUACUCUCGCUGUUUCUAGAAGACUUCCCUUUAUAAACACUCUCUACUCCUCCUCUAAAGAUUAUGUCUCGCGUUGUAGCGGAGAACUUCCCUCCCGCUGGUGAUACGUCGCCGUUUUAUACUCAGACUAGUAUGGAGCUUGACCUCUUUCAUUCACGCACUUCAGUCGGAGCGUCUCCCACACUUGGUCAGUUGCUUAAGCGCGUUGGUGAUGUACGGAAAGAAGCUACUGGUGACGGAAACGAAACUCCUGUCCAUCAAGUGCUUGAGCUCUCCGAUACUAGUAUGGAGGCGCCGAGUUCUAUUCCGUUCAUUCUCUCAUUCAAUAACCUGACUUACAGCGUUAAACUUCGCCGGAAAAUGACGCUUCCCGGGUUUGUUAAUCAGCGUCGCCCCCAUCACCAACUUGGUCCUGCCACCGCUGCUGUGCCCGUGGUUGGGGAAAGCAUGUUUACUACAACUAAGACUCUCCUCAAUGACAUUUCCGGUGAGGCUCGCGAUGGAGAGAUUCUCGCCGUGCUUGGAGCUAGUGGAUCGGGAAAAUCAACUCUGAUCGAUGCAUUAGCUAAUCGGAUAGCCAAGGAUAGCUUGAAAGGGACGAUAACUUUAAAUGGCGAAGUUUUGGAAUCGAGGAUGUUGAAAGUGAUUUCUGCCUACGUGAUGCAAGAUGAUUUGCUGUUCCCAAUGCUCACCGUCGAAGAAACACUCAUGUUCGCCGCUGAAUUCAGGCUGCCGAGAAGUUUAUCAAAGUCGAAGAAGAAAAUGAGAGUCCAAGCUCUCAUCGAUCAGUUAGGGCUACGAAACGCAGCCAAAACUGUCAUCGGAGACGAAGGUCACCGAGGCGUUUCUGGAGGAGAACGACGUCGUGUUUCUAUUGGAAUAGAUAUAAUCCAUGACCCGAUUAUACUGUUCUUGGAUGAACCGACUUCGGGUCUGGAUUCGACCAGUGCGUUUAUGGUGGUGAAGGUUUUGCAGAGGAUUGCACAAACUGGAAGUAUAGUGAUAAUGUCCGUACACCAGCCUAGUUAUCGCAUUCUUGGUUUGCUAGAUCGGUUGAUUUUUCUGUCCCGUGGCCAGCCCGUUUACAGUGGACCUCCGACGCAUUUGCCGUCGUUCUUCGAGGAGUUCGGACAUCCGAUUCCGGAAAAUGAGAACAGGACAGAGUUCGCAUUGGACCUAAUUCGGGAGCUCGAAGGGUCACCAGGAGGGACUAAAAGCUUGGUGGAGUUCAACAAAUCAUGGCAGAACAUGAAGCACACUCCAAAUACUGAACCAGACCGCCAUGGAUUAUCGCUGAAAGAAGCAAUAAGCGCAAGCAUUUCGAAAGGGAAACUUGUCUCUGGAGCUACAAACAAUGAUGCAAGCCCACAUUCAAUGGUGCCUACAUUUGCAAACCCAUUUUGGAUUGAAAUGGCAGUUUUGUCAAAAAGAUCUUUGACUAAUUCAAGAAGAAUCCCUGAAUUGUUUGGAAUUCGAUUGGGUGCAGUUUUGGUUACUGGGUUUAUUUUAGCCACCAUGUUUUGGCAGCUGGAUAAUUCACCAAAAGGGGUUCAAGAAAGAUUAGGGUUCUUCGCAUUCGCCAUGUCCACUACAUUCUACACUUGUGCAGAUGCUCUUCCAGUUUUUCUCCAGGAAAGGUACAUUUUCAUGAGAGAAACUGCUUACAAUGCUUAUAGAAGAUCCUCUUACGUUCUAUCUCAUGCACUGGUUUCCUUACCUUCUUUGAUUUUCCUCUCAUUUUCCUUCUCCGCCAUUACAUUCUGGGCUGUGGGGCUCGACGGUGGAUUUUCCGGUUUCUUCUUCUAUUUCUUAAUCAUCUUUGCCUCUUUCUGGGCUGGAAACUCCUUUGUAACAUUCCUAUCCGGCGUCGUUCCUCAUGUUAUGCUUGGUUACACCAUAGUUGUAGCCAUUUUAGCCUAUUUCCUUCUCUUCAGUGGCUUCUUCAUCAACCGUGAUCGAAUCCCAGCUUAUUGGAUUUGGUUUCAUUACAUGUCUCUUGUGAAAUAUCCCUAUGAAGCAGUGUUGCAGAAUGAAUUUCAAGAUCCCACCAAGUGUUUCGUUAGAGGUGUUCAAAUUUUCGACAAUACUCCACUUGGGUCAGUGCCCACUUCAUUGAAAGUGAGGUUGCUGCAAACAAUAAGCAAUACACUGGGGAUGAAGAUAACGAGCUCAACCUGCUUAACUACAGGAUCAGAUAUAUUGCAGCAACAAGGGAUUACAGAUCUAAGCAAGUGGAAUUGCUUGUGGGUGACGGUGGCUUGGGGAUUCUUGUUCAGGAUUUUGUUUUACUUUUCUUUGUUGCUGGGAAGCAAGAACAAGAGAAGGUAAGACGACGAUGGUGGAGAAGAUGGUGUGCUUGGCGGGAGGAUGUAUGAAUUGUGUUGUUUGUUUUUUCAAAUUUGUUUUUUUCU